ACGUAGCUUCCACUGUCGACACAUCGCCUCAGCACGAUGUCGCGGGCCCGCCUGCCCUGGCUGUGGCUGUGGCUGCCUCUGGCGCUGGCGCCCCUCCUGAGUCCCGCGGCCGUGCACGCGUCCGGCGCCCGCAUCCUGGCGGCGGUGCCCCUGCGCUCCGCCAGCCACUUCCGCGUGCUGCAGCCGCUGCUGCGCGCGCUCGCCGACCGCGGCCACCACCUCACCGUCAUCUCGCACUUCCCCCAGCAGCCGCCGCCGCCCAACUACACAGACAUCAGCCUCAACAGCGCUGCCACGCAGGGCGGCCCCCCCUCGCCUUACCUGCCGAUGAAGGAGGGCAGCUUGCUGCGGGCGAUGUGGCAGUGGGCUCAGCUGUGCGCCAAGGCGGGCGCCUUCUGCCGGGAAGCCUACGAGGCCCCCGCCGUGCGCCGCCUGCUGGCCUCGGACGCGCGCUUCGACCUCGUGCUGGCCGAGGCGUUCGCCGGCGACUGCAUGGCCGGGCUGGCGCACCGCUUCCACGCCCCACUGGUCGGCGUCGUCUCCAGCGUCGCGCUGCCCUGGGUCCACGACCGGAUGGGGAACCCCGACCACCCGGCCUACAUGGAGAACUUCUUCCUGUCGAUGGUGGCGCCGCUGGGAUUCUGGGAGAGGACGGCCAACAGUGCAUUCUACCUGCUGAUGAGACUGGCCAACUGGUGGCUUUCGGAGCGAGUGAUCGACGAGGUGGAGCGGGCCGCGCUGGGCAGCGCCGGGCCCCCCACCAGCCGUCUGGUCUACAACACCAGCCUCAUGCUCCUCAACAGCCACUUCAGCCUCAACCAGCCCAUACCACUCGUGCCUGCUAUGAUCGAGGUCGGGGGCCUCCACAUACAACAGCCCAAGCCUCUGCCAAAGGAGCUGCAGGAGUUUUUCGACUCGAGCGAGCAGGGCGUGGUGUACUUCAGCAUGGGCACGCUGCUGCGCGUCGACGCCCUGCCCCAGGAGCAGCUGCGCGGAAUACUGCGGGCGUUCGCGUCGCUGCCGCAGAAGGUGCUCUGGAAGGCCGACCACACGCUGCUGCCGCCGCUGCCCCCCAACGUCCACACUUCCGACUGGGUGCCGCAAAACGACGUCCUCAACCACCCCAAGACCGUGGCGUUCAUCACACACGGCGGGAUGCUGGGCCUGCAGGAGGCGGUUGCGGCAGGGGUGCCCAUGCUGGUGGUGCCCGUCCUAGGCGACCAGCUGCACAACGCCGCAUCCCUGAGCAGCCGCGGCGCCGCCCUGACUUUGACGGUGCGUCAGCUGACUGAGCACAACGUGCGCGACGCCCUGGACAGGCUCGUCAACGACACCAGCUACAGGAAGCGCAUGAAGCAGCUGUCUGCACUGUUCCGGGACCGCCCCCGGCCGCCGCUGGAGGAGGCGGUGUACUGGGUGGAGUACGUCAUCAGGCACCAGGGGGCGCCGCACCUGAGGUCCGCCGCGCUGGACCUGGCCUGGUACCAGUACCUGCUCAUAGAUGUCGCCGCUCUCAUUCUGACGACAGUACUGCUCGCACUGGCGUCCGUCUACGCCGGUCUGCGCUGGAUACUCGGGCCUUUCUUAGCCGGCAACCGAGCGCAGCGGAAGAAAAUCAAGAGUAACUGAGCAACAGUCAGCAGUGCUUGUGCACGGCCCGAUAAAAUAUCGUGAGAGAUGUCAGGUGAAGCCGUACACUUUGAGUGGAAUGUUACUUGCUGGUUAUACGUGUUGCCGUACAGUGCUGAAAUUAUGCUUUUUGCAUUGUUUUUAUGAGGGUUGGCCAGAAAGCAAUGCACCGCAUUUUUUUCUUCAACAGUCCUUUAUUGAACAUACAGAGAAAUACACACAUGAAGGGCCGGCCGGAGUGGCCGAGCGGUUCUAGGCGCUACAGUCUGGGACCA